GAACCACAUAGAGAAUUAAACAAAUCUACGCUGUAGCCAACCACAAUGACUCUAACUAGAAGAUCCCAGGAGAAGGCUAAGGACACUACUAAACCUACUGAGGAAACUGCAGAAGAAACUCCAGAAGAAACUGUUGAGGCAGUAGCUGAAGCAGAGCAGGACACAACAACCACUGACAAUCAGGUUGAAGAUGUUGAAAUGAAAGAAGGGAAAACAGAAGAAGUUGAUGAGCAGAAGGAGGACAAAAACGACCAAAAGAAAGAUGAAUCCAUGGAAGUAGAGGUGAAAGAAGAUGAGGAAACAAAAAAGAACAGACUUGUAGAUCAACUGUACAAAUCUGAGUUCUUAAAAUCUGUAACUGAAACUAUUACCAUAGAGCCUGUUAAGUCACAAAUGCUGAAGAAUGAGGAAUUUAUUGGCCUUUUAUCUAAAGCCAAAGUCCUGAACCUUCAGAUGGAACAUCAAACUGGAACUGUCAAGCUUACUUUUGCCCCCUACCGGGAAUGGAUGGCUUCACGAAUCUUGAAGGGGCUCAACAGACUUCAGAAAGAGGAUGCAAAACUGAACCUAGAGUGCUCCGAAGCUCUUAAGGCUCUGCUAGAGUUGGAAAAAGCUGGGAAACUCAAAGGUGAUACUCGUGAACAGCAAACAUCUAAGUGUCUGUAUGUUACUAACAUACCAAAAGACACAACCGAAGAAACCAUGAAAGCAUUUUUUCCAAAAUGCGUUAAAGUCUUUGUACGUGGUGAAUCAGAAGAAUCUGCUCUAGGAUGGGCUGUUAUGGAGUUCAGCAGUAAAACAGACAUGGAGGAAAGCUUUGAAAGUCAGAAAGAAAUUGAAAUGGGGGAGAGCAAAAUCCCUGUCAGCAAAGUGAAACCUUUCGAGAAGAGAGGCAAAGGUUUUAAAGGCAAAGGAAAGUACCAGAACAAGGGCGGUUUGAAGGGAUCAGGUGACAAAGCCAACCUGUCUGGGUCGGCCAAGACCAAGCCUAUAGCCGCUGGAGGAGACAAGCCCAAAGGAGGAUCUCAACAGUCCAAUGCAUCUAUGAAAGCCAAUGACCUGAAAAGAAAAGCACAAAAUCAAAAGAUGCAGCAGUUCAAUAGCAACCAGAAGAGAAGGAAGCUUGGGGGUGGUCCAAUGAGCGGUCCCAUAGGAUCAUUCCAAUUUGGGAACCGAAACAAUAAGAAUAUGCGAGGUUCUGGAAUGGGGAUGUCAAUUCUGGGCAAUCCAAGAGGAGGAAAUUCAAUGAUGAAUUUGGGAAUUGGGCCCAGUGUACCAAAUAUGAUGGGAAUGGGUGGAAAUAUGGGAGGUAACAUGGGAAACAUGAUGGGUAUGGGUGGUAAUAUGGGUGGUAAUAUGGGCGGUAUGGGUAUGGGACAGAACAUGGGUAUGAUGGGAAACAACAUGGGUGGCAAUAUGUCAUCCUUCAACAAUAUGGGCGGAAAUAUGGGCAAUCAGAAAAACAAGCGCAACAACAAACGAGGAGGAAAUAUGGACAACAGAGGUGGACAAUGGUCAGGAGGUCCAGGUAGACAGCAGGAUGGUCCCUCUGAUGAACUCUCUUCCAAACUGAGCAAUGUGCUAUCCAAACAGAGGAUGGGACAAGACAGUGACUCGGACAUGGUGUCCAUGCUAGAGUCAGCACUAAAGGCAGCUCAGAAACGAAUGUCAAACAAAGACACUAGUCCCAUGGACAGAGACAGAGGUAGAAUGUUGCCGCCCAGCGCUUUCUCUGGUUCAGUGGCUUCCGGCGUCGGUCAGGGGAACAAGAAACAACGCCCAAGACAAAACAAAAAAAAUCAGAACUCAAUGAGUAGCAGGUGGGGAAGUGGGUCAGGAUCAGGAUCGGCAGGAAACUACGGGGAUCACAGUGGAAGCAGUACGACAAGCUUCAUCAGCACCACAGGAGGAAACUACGGCAGCAGAGAUAGCAGUAGUGGAUACGGGGGGUCCAGUUACAACUCCGGGGCAACUUAUGACAGCCCACCAUCUUAUGGAGGAUCAUCUGGAUCAAGCUCGAGCUAUUUCGGAGGAACCUACGGUGGAACAACUGACCAACCCAACACUGGCUCCUCCUACUAUGAUCAAGCGAACAAUUAUGGAACAACACAAAGUUCCUAUAAUGAUACUUCCUCGUAUGCUGCGAAGUCUCCCUCACAAACAUUUGACUACUCACACAGAUCGACCGAUUCCAGCUAUGGUAACUACAGGUCUGGAUACUAUUGAUCAAUGUUAACAGCGACACAUAGGAACUGGAGAGCAGUAGACAUGUUCGUUUCUGUUUGAGGAUGCUUUAUUUCUCCUGUAUUGUGUCAAAGACUUUUCAUAAUAUGUCGUCAUCAAUUUAUGAUUGAUUCAAGAUUAUAGGUUUGUUAAGCAAUGAACACUUUUUACUUCUUGAAUAUGUUUUAAUUUAGAUAAAUGAUUAAUUUUGGAUUAAUUAUAUAGAAAUCAUGACAGUUGAAUUUUGGGCUAGGGUAGUGUGAAUACCAAAAUAGACUUAAAUAAGUUUAUUCAUAAGUGUUACUCUUAAGUUAACUUUGAAAUGUUGGGUUUAUGUACUUGCAUGUUUAUAUCAACUGUUCAUUCAAUAGAUUAAUUGGUGCAGCAUUUUCACGUUUUACAACUUUGUAUUUAGCUGUAAGAGAAUAGUGUCAUUCCAUAGAAAUGGAACGACACAUAAUUUCAAAGAUCCCCCUACAAAGUUUGUGACACUAUUAGCUCUAACAUAUAAAAAGAGGAAGUAAAUGUAACAUGGAGACAAUGUCAUCACUGUUGUUACUACUUUCUGGUCAUAUUUCUUGGUCACUGGUCGUUUUGAUUGAAGUGAUUCAUCAGUCAUUUUGUAUUAUUCAUCCAGUUAAAUAAUCAUUUAUUAUUAUGUUUUACGUAUUGUCAUCUCGUGUUGUAUUUUAAAAGGUAUUUAUGUUAGGUAGAAUAGACCCUGAUCGUAAGGAUUACAGUUGCUAUCCCGUACAUGUGGCAUUACCAGUAGCAUGUUUAAGGUCCUGGUACUACAGUUGAUGGUGUCAGUUAAGCGCAUCCAUAGGUGUUAGCCAAUACAUUGCCAGAUUAUUACAACUGUAAAAUGUGUAACAAAGAACAUUGUCCCAACAUUUGAUACUGUAAUACAAAAGAUAUUCAUCUGUACCAGAUUUCUCCCUUAUGUAUCCUGGAAGCUUUGGUGCUGGUAGGAACGGAGAAUGCAGCAAAUGUUCAUUUUGGAAAAAAAUAUAAUUUUCACCAUUCAUUAUAUACUUUGUGUAUUGACAGACAGCUGGAAUGUAUUUUGUAGCGUCAACUCAUUUUUUAAGAAAUGUUGAAUAAAAAAACGUGAUGUUUAAAUUUGCA